AUGAACGGCUAUGGCUCCCCGUACCUCUAUAUGGGCGGCCCGGUGUCGCAGCCCCCGCGGGCUCCGCUGCAGCGAACGCCCAAGUGCGCCCGGUGCCGCAACCAUGGCGUGCUGUCCUGGCUGAAGGGGCACAAGCGCUACUGCCGCUUCAAGGACUGCACCUGCGAGAAGUGCAUCCUCAUCAUCGAGAGGCAGCGGGUGAUGGCCGCGCAGGUGGCUCUCCGCCGGCAACAGGCCAACGAGAGUCUGGAGAGCCUCCUCCCAGACUCCUUGCGCUCCCUCCCGGGGCCGCCGGGCAGCGCCGAGCCCCCCACGCCGCCGCCGGGGCCGCCGCCCUGCGCGGCACCACCGCGGGCCCCCGCCGAACUGGCCGCCGCCGCCGCCCUGCGCUGGGCCACCGAGCCGCCCCCCGCGCUCCCGGGGCCGCUCCCCAAGGCAGACAUGAAUGAGGAGAGGUUGGGUGAUGCCAGUGGAGCAGACAAUGCUGAGACCUACAGCGACAAAGACACAGACCAAAGGAGUUCCCCAGACAUGACUAAAGCCAAAAGCUGUUUCACCCCUGAAAGCCCUGAAAUUGUUUCAGUGGAUGAGGUCGGUUACGCAGUUCAGAAAAAUGGUGGGAGCACAGAGAAUCAUCCAGACAGCCCCAAGUACCACCCAGAGCAGAACCACCUCCUGAUAGAAGGUCCUUCUGGGACAGUUUCUUUACCAUUUAGUUUGAAAGCAAACAGACCUCCACUUGAAGUCUUGAAAAAGAUCUUCCCUAGUCAAAAGCCAGCUGUGCUAGAGUUGAUCCUGAAGGGGUGUGGUGGUGAUCUGGUGAGUGCUGUGGAGGUUCUCCUGUCUAGUCGGUCUUCGGUGGCCAGUGGGGAGAGAACUUCUGCAGAAUCCGAUGGUCUUGUUUUGCCUUCCAACGGGCACAUUUUUGAACACACGCUGAGUUCCUACCCUAUUUCAUCUUCCAAGUGGUCUGUGGGCUCAGCAUUUAGGGUUCCUGACACACUAAGGUUCUCUGCUGAUUCCAGUAAUGUCAUGCCAAAUCCUUUGGCUGUACCUCUGCAGCACCCUUUCCCUCAACCACCACGCUACCCGCUGAUGUUGAGGAACACUUUGGCAAGAAAUCAGUCCAGCCCGUUCCUGCCCAAUGAUGUCACCCUGUGGAACACCAUGACACUGCAGCAGCAGUACCAGCUGCGGUCCCAGUAUGUCAGUCCUUUCUCUAGCAACACAACCACAGUUUUCCGGAGCUCACCUGUACUUCCUUCCCGCUCGUCAGAGGAUCCUAGGAUCUCAAUUCCUGAUGAUGGGUGUCCUAUUGUGUCUAAGCAACCAAUUUACACAGAAGAGGAAUAUGAGGAAAGGUCUGAUUCUUCAGACUCAAGAAUACUCAACACAUCUUCUUAGACUGACAUUUGACGUGUGAUAGCUAAGCGAUACUCACAGUGCAGCUGAACUACUGGCCCCUAAGAAGAGGGACACAUACUCUAUGAAACUCUUGCAAUUGUAUUAAAAAGUGACUUUGCUUGGUAUUAUACUAUAGCAAUAAAGACAUAACUUUUUUUAAUUUCUUGCACUUCACUGGAUAAUGCCAAAUAGCAAUACUCUGGCUUUAGUGCUGAGUCUGUAUUACAAAGGAAGACUUUAUGGCUAUUGGUUAUGGGACUCUGGAAGGCUCAUAAUGGAAACAGAAGCCCAAGGUCUACUUUGUUCUUUAACUCAGAAAAAUGGGGAUGUUAAACUAGAAUACUUGAAUGCUGUUUUAUAAGAGAGAACUCCUCAGGACAUAAGAAAUCAAAUAAACAUAAUUCAAUUGCAAAUGGACUAAAACAAGGAACUUAUAAUCUUAUGCCAGUGAUCAUAAAAAAAGCAGAAGAAAGAAAUAUGCACAUGCAACUAAUAUGAGCUCCUUCUGUGCCGUUUGAGCUUGGACACUUUUCAGAGAAAUAUUAUUAAGAGUUAUUCUUUUCCCAUGGCUAGGUCGAAAUGUGUAAUGUCAGUGUAAAACCAAUUACAGCUGUGAAUUGCAUGAAGUGUAUUGUGAA